AGUCCGACGUCAAUGUUGAAUGAAAACUCUCCUCGCAAGAGCUAAAAAAUAACGUGCCGAAGUUUUUGACCCGGCUCAAAAGGAAUCAAAAAAAUUUAAACGGAAAAAGUUUACUUAAGAAUUAAUUAUUAGAUUCUAUAAAAAUUAGUAUGAAAAGUCCAACGAAAAGUAUAACAAGUUUUCGCAAACCAUCAUUAAUUUCACAAAAUGAGCUGGAAAAUUCUUUAGAAUUCCAAUCAAGUCAAUCAGAAGUGAGUUGGAAAAAUGACGAAUCCUCACCUCAACAAAGAAAGGACAAAAACAAAACUGAUAAUAAGUGUUCUAAUGACUUCAACCAUACUCCCGUGCGAAUUAUGAAACGACAAGUAAUUCCAUUGGUGAAGUAUAAUAAACAACAGGAAGAGCAAAAAAGUCAAUUGGACGAAAAUAUAAAUCCUGACGACUAUCUUGAAGCAAGUUUUUCACAAGACUUUGAAGAAAUUGCUUCUUCAGAGAAACCUAGUCUCACAAAAAUUACUACAGAAAAUAAUCCAGUGAAAUCAAAUAAAACAUUUGAUAUUUGGGAAGGUGAUGAAAUUCUUAGUGAAGUUCCUCUUGAAAUGUUGACACAAAACAUAAAUAAUAAGAACGCGGAUAUAAAAAACUUACGGAAUUUGACGAAACAUCGUACUAAUUCUUCGAUCUCAUCUAACUUUUCAAUUAAAAAAUCAGACAGUUAUGAUAAAUUUGAAAACAAAUAUCAGCACAAAGAUCCAAUAACAUCUCCAAUUAAAACAGAUUCAAGAAAUGAAAAAGGUAAUCUGAUGACAACAAAUUCAUUAAAGGAGAACUCGAGUCAGAGAAUUUGUUCUCGGGAAGAGAUUGAAGCAAAACGCCAGGUUGCCUUGAAGCGUUUAAGAGCAACAAGAAAGAGAAAAAACAUUAAAGAAAGAAAUUUUGAGGCAAAAUGAAAAUUAAGGAGCUGUGACAAAAGAAUUAUCUUUCCAGAAUGACGUCAGUACGAACACAUAUGAAGAAAUUUGAUAAAAGUAUGCGCACAGCAGCAAUACGAGUUAAUCAUAUUGAGAAGACAUUUUCCGACAUUUCCUUUUGUAAAUAUGAGGAAGGAAAAAUGAUUAAAGCUCAACACACAGCCUUGGAAAUUAAAAUAAACGUUUGCGUUUAAUUUUAUUUGUUGUAUGAAGAUGUUAAAAGUUUAAACCUUACUUAGAGGUAUGUACGUGGAAAUAACUUUUUGUUUUUCCACUGAGCGUGUUGUACAUAAAUAAUCACUGCGCAUGAUUAUAAAAUAUCAGGAGAGGGAAAAGUUUCCAUUUCAGCAUAUCAACGUUAUUCACUUUUUAUCACUCAGUCAAGUUGAAAGGGAAAAAUGGUGACUUCUAAGAAAGGUUUAAAUUUUUGAUGAAGAAGAGUUUUGGGUUAAAAGUGAAGAUAAAUAUUGUUAUCGACAUAGGUACAUAGACAUUUACCUUUUAGUGAGUGUAAAUGUGAACUUCAAAAUUCAAAGUGAACAGAGAGAAACAAAGCUAAAGAUUUAUUUUUUUCCAACAUAAGUUAGAUACCAGAUUUUAUUUAACCACACACAGAUUUAAAUGAGUUUUUAUUGCAUUUUCUCAUCGUAAAUACAUAUUUGAUAAUUUAACAAAACGAAAGUAAAGUGUAGGACUUUACUUUUCAAAGUAUUCAUUUCCAACUCAAUAAAUAUUGUCCAAAAAUAAAUAGAAACACAUAUCUAAGUCAACAGAUUAAGGAAUAAAAUAAAAAGGAUAAUUGAAAAAAAAAGGUUGGAAUAUAUCAGAAUAUGCUAAAGAAAUGGAAUGCCCUUCUCUUGGGACUUUUCGUGUUAGCAAUUACACUGGAAACAGCGUCAACAUCUGCAUCAAAUGAAUUGUUCACGAGCUCAUUUUUAGUUCGUUUCAAGCGGAGUGUCAAUAAUUUAGAAGCUCAUGACAUUGCUAAACGGAACUCAUUUCAUAACAUUGGACCACUUCCUGGUAGUUUCGGAAAAGAGUAUCAUUUUCGACACAGUUCGAUACCUCAUGUCAGGUCAAGAAGAAGCAUAGCCCACACAAGAUUAUUAAAAAAAGAGCCACUGAUUCACAAUGCUAUUCAACAGCCGGGAUUUAAACGUGUUAAACGAGGUUUCCGAACAUUGAAAAGUCCCGCAGCCAUCAGCAAUUAUCCUAUUGAGAGUGAAAAAUAUAGCGAAAGCUCUAAUGUCCCAACAGACCCUUAUUUUCCAUUUCAAUGGUAUUUACGUAAUACCGGUCAGAAUGGUGGUAAAAUGAGAUUGGAUUUAAAUGUUCAAGCGGCAUGGGAUCAAGGCGUAACUGGCAAAAAUGUAACAACAGCUAUUAUGGAUGAUGGUGUUGACUAUAUGCAUCCUGAUCUUAAAUUCAAUUAUAACGCUGAAGCCAGUUAUGAUUUUAGUAGCAAUGAUCCAUUCCCUUAUCCACGGUAUACUGACGAUUGGUUCAACAGCCAUGGAACACGUUGUGCUGGAGAAGUUGCGGCAGCUCGUGAUAAUGACAUUUGUGGUGUCGGCGUAGCAUAUGAUUCUAAAGUUGCUGGCAUAAGAAUGCUCGAUCAACCUUAUAUGACAGAUUUAAUUGAGGCUAACUCAAUGGGACAUGAGCCACAUAAAAUUGAUAUUUACAGUGCUUCAUGGGGACCAACAGAUGAUGGGAAAACUGUUGAUGGUCCAAGAAAUGCAACAAUGCGUGCAAUUGUGCAAGGAGUUAAUGAAGGCAGGAAAGGACUUGGAAACAUUUACGUAUGGGCAUCUGGAGAUGGCGGUGAAGAAGAUGAUUGCAAUUGCGAUGGAUAUGCAGCAUCAAUGUGGACAAUCUCUAUUAACAGCGCUAUCAAUGAUGGUCAGAACGCGCACUAUGAUGAAAGUUGUAGUUCUACAUUAGCAAGUACAUUCAGCAAUGGAGCGAAGGAUCCAAACACUGGAGUGGCAACCACGGAUUUAUAUGGCAAAUGCACAACAACACAUUCUGGAACAUCGGCUGCAGCCCCUGAAGCUGCUGGAGUUUUCGCUCUUGCAUUGGAAGCCAAUCCAAUUUUAUCGUGGCGUGAUAUACAACAUUUGACAGUUCUAACAUCAAAGCGAAAUUCACUUUACGAUGCAAAAAAUCGCUUCCAUUGGACAAUGAAUGGAGUAGGUCUUGAGUUCAAUCAUCUCUUUGGCUUUGGUGUGCUUGAUGCAGGUGGUAUGGUUACUUUAUCAAAACAGUGGCAAACCGUCCCACCACGCUAUCAUUGUGAAGCUGGAACUAUUACCAAAUUACAAGAAAUUCCAUCGUCUCGUUCGUUACUACUAAGAAUUGACACCAGUGCAUGCCGUGGAACAGAUACAGAGGUUAAUUAUCUUGAACAUGUUCAAGCAGUUAUCACUGCUAAUGCAACACGCAGAGGCGAUUUGGAAAUGUUCUUAACUUCUCCUAUGGGAACAAGAUCGAUGAUUUUGAGCAAAAGACCGAACGAUGAUGACCAUCGCGAUGGAUUCACAAAAUGGCCAUUUAUGACAACACAUACAUGGGGUGAAUAUCCUCAAGGAAAAUGGCUUUUAGAAGUAAGUUUCAAUUCAAAGGAACCUCAAACUGGAUGGCUCAAGGAAUGGUCUUUAGUUCUUCAUGGAACAAAAGAUCCACCAUAUAGAACAUUGUCACCACAAUCACCGCAUUCUAAAUUAGCUAUCGUCAAAAAAGCACACGAAGAUCGGCUAAAGAUGUAAAUUAAUGGACCAUGAAUAAUGAGAAAAAAAAAGAGAAUUUAUUGGCAUAUUUUUAUUCAUUUUUAACUGAGUUUUGUUAUUUUUAUUUGUAUUGAGCUCUGCAACGUUUUAUCAAAUUUUGUUUUUAUGACAAAAUGAAGAGGCUGUGGAUGGAAACAGUAUUCUGUGUGUUUAAUUUUAUUGUAUCCACAAGAUGUUAAGAAAAGUUUAGACUCUGCGAAGAUUAAAAUGAUGGAGGGAGGAGGGAGAGAAAUCAAAAAAAUAUAUUUUAAUAAUUUUUGUUCUUACAAAUUAUAUUGGGUUUUUUUUUACCACGAGGGAUUUUUCGAGAAAUUUACUCGACGAAUUUUCAUCAAUUCAUUUAUUUUUUAAUUUUGGAAAAUCUGUGAGCAUUUUUCAAAAUUACAAAUUAUAUUGUAAAUUAAUCAAUUUCUAUUUUAUUGAUACAUAAAUUGGAAUUACUAAAAGUAUCUAAUUAUUAAUCAUAAUCUAUCAAAGAUGGAAGAAAACUGAAAAAGUUUAGUCGUAAAAAGAAAAGAGUAAACUAAUUGUUUUCCAUGCGCAUUUUGAUUAAUAUUCAAAUCACAAACAUCCAUUCGUGUUAGUAGAGAAAAAAGGAGGAAAGAAAUUUCAUUUUCCUUCAAUGAAAUAUCUUAAUAAAUACAGAUAAAUGAUAUCUAUUCAUAGAGGAAGACAUUUAAAUUUUAAAUCUAUAAUAUUAUGGGAGAGAAAAAAAUAUAAUUUUAUUGAGCAUAAGAGUAAUCUUUUUAUCAAAUAAUAAUCAAUCAAAUAAUAAUCUUAUCGAAAAAUCAUGGUGGCAACAUUCCUUAAUAUUUAUAUGGAUUGGUGAGCCACUUGUAUAAACAAGACAUUUUCUUGUUCUCCAAAAUUAUUCUCAGAUGAUCCCAUUUAACCAAACAGAGCUCGGUUAAAUGGAUAUAAAUGGAAUAUUUAUUAUUUAUUUCUAAUCUUCUUUUUAUUUAUCAUAGAAAAAGUAUUCAAGGAAUUCAAAAAUAAAAAAAUUACUUAAACUUAGUUUUCCAGAAACUUCAAUGAAAUAGAAAAUUUUUAGAAUUGAUUUAUCUAUUGAAAGAUCAUCAGAAUUCACCAAGGGCCGAUCUAUGUUUUAGAGGGCUCUUUUAUGAUGAAUGGAAAGCAAAAUAAAUGUCAUUUAUUUUUAUUAAAUGUUUAAUCUUUCAUUCGAGAAUUUCUUAAUAUGCAAAUGAAUUUUUGCAAAUAUACAUGCACUAUACCAAUAAAUGAUUAAAAGUGAGUAAAAGGUUGAAAAUACAAACCAUAAAUGAAAUCGAGAGAGCAUGAGCGACUAUUAAUAUUUUUAUAUUGAAUGUUAUUACAAAAAAGAUGAUGAUAGCAACUCACCUUUCUUAAUGUAUGUUUAUAAUUAUUUAUUAUAAAUAUAUUGUUGCAUUAUGAUAGUUGCACUUUUUCAACAAUUCAAACAAUUGGAAAUAUUUAUACAUAUAACAUAAAAUAUAUUUAUAUCAUCGACUUAUCUACAAACUAAGAAAAAAGUUGUUAUAAACGACUUUAAUAUCUAAGUAUUCUAUGCCCUUGAAACAUGUGAAGUCAAAAAUCAAUUUAUUUGAUUAAAUCGAUAACGCAAAUUGCCCAAAUCGUAGUAUCACUUCAAUAAAUCUGUUCCGUUUUUAAAUAUCCUGAUAACCAAAGGAUACUUUUUCAUUUCCAUUUCUUUUAACGAUCAUGAUUCAACCUUUUGUGAUAGACAAGAAGACAAACGCUACAGAAUUUCAAUUUUUGUUUAAUAAAAAAGAACUAAACAAAAAUCAUGUUUUUGUAUAUUUUUUAUAUUUAAAUUCUGACUAACUUACUGGAUGCAUUGACUUAAAUCAGCUUUUAAAGAAGCUUAUAACAUGAUGGAAUACUCGCUAAAAAUAUUGUAAUUGGAUGAUAAUUUUACUUUGACGUAUCUUCUUAUUUUGAACGUAAA